UUUAGACGUUGGGAUAUCGGAAGGGGAAAGGAGGAUCCAUCUGCUGGCGGGUCUAGAGGUAGCCGCCACACCUAAUUGUUGCGUAUUGUAGAAGAUGUGGAUCUUCGUUUUGUUGAUUUUCGCCUGCGUGAACGGUCAGUUCUUGCAGGAGAAUGAUCGUUUCGACGAUAGAGACCCGGACAGUAUUAUAAUAAAAGAGGCUUCAUAUUUUAUAGUUGCCUCACGAAUGGUCAGACCGGGACAGAUCUACAAGGUGGAUGUAAAUGUGUUACACAGUCCGCUGCCGAUGAUGGUACGCUCGUCCAUUCAAAGAAACAGAGUUGAGAUCGCAGCAGAUUAUCAAGAAGUGAAGGAAGGCAUUCCAGAGACAUUAAUGAUGAGAAUGCCGCCGACUUCUAUCGGAGGAGAAUAUAACUUAAGAAUCGAAGGAACGUAUAAUAGCUUAACAGGUGGCCAAGCGUUUCUGAAUGAAACUAAGCUCACAUUUUCUCAGAGAUCGAUGACAAUAUUCAUUCAGUUGGAUAAGCCUUUGUACAUGCAGGGACAAACAAUACGGUUCAGAACUAUACCCAUAAAUACUGAGCUGAAAGCGUUUGAUAAUCCGAUCGAUGUAUACAUGUUGGAUCCGAAUAGAAGAAUAAUGAGACGAUGGCUGAGCAGGCAAAGCAAUUUGGGUACGGUGUCCCUGUCGUAUCAGCUAUCCGAUCAGCCUGUUUACGGAGAAUGGAUUAUACAGGUGAUCGCGCAGAACCAAGUGGAAGAAAAAACCUUCCAGGUCGAAGAAUAUUAUCAGACACGUUUCGAAGUUAAUGUUACAAUGCCAGCAUUCUUCUUCGACAAUGAUCCUUACAUGUAUGGCACAGUCCAAGCUAAUUACACCAGUGGUGCGCCGGUAAGAGGAAAUCUGACUUUAAAAGCAAGCUUCAGAUCAUUAGAUAGGAUACACAUGGAAUCUAGUUCUGAAAUUACUGAAAGAUAUUUCUUUUUUGACGAGUACUAUCCAUCGUGGUUAAAAGUAUCAUCUUACUACGACGAGAAAGUGUCUGUUCUGAGAUUUUUUAAUGGAACGUUUCACUUUCGGUAUCCCAUGUCCGAACUCUUAACGUUUGUGCCUUCCUCGAGCGGCGUGGAAGUUACGGUCACUGCUACCGUUGGAGAAAGAUUUUUGGAGGAGAUAAUCACGGGAUAUUCCACAGCACGUAUUUUCAAUUCUACUACAAAAGUCCGAUUUUUAGGAGGCACGCCGCAGGUUUUCAAGCCGUCGAUGCCGUUUCCAUUGAACGUGGUUGCGUCCUUCCACGACAAUUCAGCGCUAAGAAAAUCGCAGUUAAUGAAUUCGGUGAUGGAAAUUCGCGCGGACAUUGAAAUGAGAACAGGUGGUCGUAGAACCAUGGAAACUCAGUAUUUAAAGCCAUCGCCGGAGAACGAAGGAAUCUGGUCUACGAGAAUUGAUCUGAGAAAGCAGCUUGGACUCGAGCAAAAUGUGGAACAAGCUCAACAGAUAUUGAACGACAUUUCUUCUAUGAAGGUUUCUGCUUAUUUCACGGACGGCGAAGGAUUUAGAACUCAAGCCGAGUUACUAUUGUUGGCGCACGAAUCUCCAAAUCAGCAGCACAUUAAAAUCUCCACGUCCACCGAGAAACCUAAGGUUGGAGAGUAUAUGGUGUUCCACGUUCAGACAAACUUCUAUAUCGACACCUUCAACUACAUAAUCAUGGCGAAAGGUACCAUUCUUUUAACUGGUCAAGACAUAAUGCAACACAACGUAAAAACGUUCGCUGUCCCGCUCAGCACGGAAAUGGCUCCCGUCGCAACUAUAGUGGUGUAUCACAUCGGGCAGUAUGCUACCGUGGUGGCAGAUUCGUUAACGUUCCCCGUGAACGGUAUUUCCCGGAAUAACUUUACUAUUUUCAUCAACGACAAGAAAGCCAGGACCGGUGAGAACGUCGAGGUAGCCAUUUACGGAGAACCGGGGGCUUAUGUUGCCCUGUCGGGUGUGGAUCGAUCUUUCUUUACUAUGCAAGCCGGCAACGAGUUGUCUUAUGCUACCGUUAUCACUAAAAUGGCACACUUCGACGAAGAGACCAAUGGUACCCACGGUCACGUUUGGUUGUAUCACGAUGGCGAUCCGGACGAGGUUGUCUAUUAUCCGUCAUCAACGUUCGGUAUAGAUGUUAAUAGAACUUUCGAGUAUAUAGGAUUGGUAGUCUUUACGGAUGCGUUCAUGUACCGUCGACCUGAUAACUGCAACGAAACUCAAGGCUACGCGGAAUGUCUCAAUGGAAGAUGUUACAGAUUGGACAAGGCUUGCGACGGAGUAUUGGACUGCGACGAUGGCACGGAUGAAUCUGCCUGCGAGUACAGGAACAUAACCGAUAUAGCACACUUCAGAAAAUGGCGUUACAACAGGAUGCAGAGAUUAUACGAGAACGUGUGGUUGUGGAAAGACAUCAACAUCGGUCCCCAUGGUAGAUUCAUUUUCAACAUAGACGUGCCGAAGAGGCCGGUUCAUUGGAUGAUCACGGCGUUUGGUAUGUCACCUAGCAUGGGCUUUGGUAUGCUACCAAAGGCUAUCGAUUACAUAGGUGUUCUACCGUUUUAUAUCAACGUGGAAAUGCCUUCUCAUAGCAAGCAAGGGGAACAGAUUGGCAUUCGGGUCUCUGUAUUCAAUUAUUUACGGCACAACAUAGAGGCUGUGAUAGUUCUGGCUGACUCUAGAGAUUAUAAGUUCGUACACGUAGAAGACAAUGGCAUCGUGCAGUCUUACAAGCCUCGUACAUCCUUCGGCGAGCAUCAGUUCUUCGUUUGGAUCCCGGCGCAGGAUGCUUCGAUCGUCUACUUACCUAUUGUACCCGUUAGGCUCGGCGACAUUAAAAUAGACGUUCAUGCCACAACUGUAAUUGGCCGGGACUCUGUCACUCGAAUUUUACACGUGGAAGCCGACGGUGUUCCGCAGUAUCGCCAUCAGUCCAUGCUGCUUGACCUCAGCAAUCGUGCCAACGUGUUCCAGUAUAUGCAUGUUAACAUCACCGAGACUCCCAUUAUCCCAUACGAUGAGAAUCGGUACUAUGUAUUUGGAUCGAACAAGGCAGUCAUCAGCGUCGUCGGGGACGUCGUGGGCCCGAUAUUCCCAACAAUGCCGGUUAACGCCACCAGCCUCAUGAACCUUCCCAUGGACUGCGCCGAGCAGAACAUGUUCAGUUUCGCGGCCAACUUGUACACAACGUUGUACAUGCGGCUGAUCAAUCAACGUAACAGAACUCAAGAGAAGGAGAGCUUCUACUACAUGAACAUAGGCUAUCAACGACAGCUCUCGUUCAUGAAUCCUGACGGAUCGUUUAGCUUGUUCCGAAGCGAUUGGAAUCAGUCGUCUCCGAGCGUCUGGCUGACAGCUUAUUGUGCCCGUGUUCUACAAGAAGCUCGAUUCUACGAAUGGGAGAAUUAUUUGUACAUAGACCCUGAAGUCGUGGCUCAGGCGGUGUCUUGGCUAUUGAGACAUCAAACGUACGAGGGAUCAUUCUAUGAGAUCACGUGGCUGGCAGACAGAAAGAUGAAUAGCUCCCUGAAUAUCGACGGCGAUAUAAUAUUACACAGAAACAUCACUCUAACAGCUCACGUUCUCAUCACGCUGCAAAGUGUCAAGGAUCUACCCGAGGGCUUGGGUACUCAGGUGGCCGUUAGCGCGGCCAACGCAGUGAAAUGGUUGGAAAGGAACUUGAAGCUCUUGGAGGAGCGCGGUAAGCCUUAUGAAAUAGCCAUAGUGGCAUAUGCUUUGCUGUUGGCCAAAGCUUCCACCGCGGGACAGGCUUACAGCAUUUUAUCCAGACAUGCGCGCAGAGAAGGAGGAUUAACAUAUUGGGGUAGAGAACAUGUACCACUUCCACCGUACAAAUUGGAAAAUCAGAAGCCGUUUACCCUGCCGCGUCUACCAUAUGCAUACGACUCGGAGAACAUUGAAACCACAGCGUACGCUCUUCUGGUGCACGUCGCUAGACAAGAGAAUAUGAUAGAGCCUAUUGUGAUGUGGUUGAAUUCCCAGAGAUUAACGGACGGCGGUUGGGCUUCUACGCAGGACACAGCCUGGGCUAUGAAAGCUCUGAUGGAUUACACAGUCAGGACGAGAAUUAGGGAUGUCAGUUCGCUCACAGUUACCGUAGAAGCCACGGCUCUCUCUGGACAAACGAAAACGUUGUACGUGAACGACCAUAACUUGGCGAAACUUCAGACGAUAGAGAUACCAGAAGCAUGGGGAACCGUGAAAGUAGAAGCUAAAGGUGCUGGUUACGCUAUUCUACAAAUGUCCGUGCAGUACAACGUGGACAUCGCCAAAUUCCAAACCCAGCCACCGAUCAAGUCAUUCGACUUGGUCACCAGAGCUAACUUCCAUGGCAGAAAUCAGUCUCAUAUAUCGUACCUCAGUUGUCAGAGAUGGAUAAACACAAAUGAAUCAUCGCGCUCUGGAAUGGCAGUGCUGGAUGUGGCUAUACCAACGGGUUACAUAAUCCAACAGCAAACCUUGGACAGAUACAUUCUCUCGAGACAGGUGAGAAACCUUCAGAGAGCCAGGUUCCAGGAAAAGAAGAUUCUCUUCUACUUCGAUUAUCUGGAUCAAGAGGAGACGUGCGUUAACUUCACCAUAGAAAGAUGGUUUCCGGUUGCGAACAUGUCGCGGUUUCUGCCUAUCAGAGUUUACGAUUACUAUGCACCAGAACGAUUUAACGAAACGAUAUUCGACGCUCUGCCGACGUACACAUUGAACAUUUGUGAAGUCUGUGGUAGCUCUCAGUGUCCUUAUUGCCCGAUUUAUAACACUGCCGCAUUGUUAGUUACUCCAACAGGAUUCCUAUUGGUAAUAUCUUUCGUAGUAGCUUUAACAAGAUACUUCCGAACACAGGAAUUCAGCGUGGGUUAGCUACUUAAUUUAACAAAGAACCAUCGAAAAUUCUUUGCAUUUUACUCAUUAUCGACAUGCCAUGUUUCUUAUUUUAUCAUUACUUUCGAUUCCAUAACGCUGCCCGUAAAUCUAUGAAAGCAAAGAGCAAACGUGAGUAAAGUACUUUGGUGCAAAGUUGGAAUCGGUAUUUGCUUCAAAUUCAGGUACCAUGCAUUAGAGGUUCUUGAGAUUCCAACUAGGUAUAUGCUUAAAAUAUUUUCUAUCGGCCUAGCUGCGAGAAGAAAAUACUUAUGUACCGUCCAUUUUCUAUUUGUUCUAGGGUAUAUCGGAGAUGUUUAUAUUUAGCGCACAAAUGUAGAAUCUCUUAGCCUGCAAAGGUCUAAAAACUGAUAUUUUUUAUACACUAUUUAUCGAAAGUAUUCGAUAUUUUAUUGUAAUUUAACGUUGUUAGUCAAUGGAUAUGGAUUUAUUCAAAUGUUUUUACCGUUUUAUGAUCGAGAACCGGUUGUGUAGUUAGAGCAAUGUGUUCCAGGAGGCAAAGAAUCUCAAGUACAAAUGAAUCUUAGUCGAGAUCGAGAUUUCUCGCUGUAAGCCUGUCACACCAAAAAAUGAAGGAACUCUUAUAGCUAUUCUUAGCAGUAACAAAUUAUCAUUCGAAUUCAGAGAAUCAAUUUUAUAGUGAUCCGCGUUAGUCUCAUUUUAAAGCACGUCGACAGUUUACACACGUCGAUGAAUCAAGUAAAGCAUAUAGUCUUCAGCAACAAUUCUUGUUGGAUAGAGAAAUUUAAUCUUCAACAAGAAUUAUUACUCCUGACCAUAUGCUUAUGAAUAUUUUACUCAUUUUCAUGCAACUUUUCCUUCAGAAACAAAAUUGGUUGCCAUCUCUUUUUAUUUUGUAAGGUACGUUCAAAUGUUAAUCGUUCGUCCAUUAACAACUGUACAAGUCGUGCCUUCAUAACGCUCCUCGAACACGAUGAAUUUAUAAAUACAAAAGACACAUUCCGAUAAAGAAAAGUUGCUAUUUGUCGGUAAUCUGUAAAUAGUAGGUUAGUGAAAAACUUUGAACAUUAAUAUUUUACCACGUUUUUCCUCGCUACGAGGCAUUCGUUCUUUGUCUCACAGAGGCAAAAUGUAUUCUUUUGUAUAGUAGUUAUUUUUGCCUGUUCGAACAUCAAAGAUCUAUUUUUAGUAUUUUAGCACUUACUAUAAUAUUAGUUUUUAAACAACUUACCGGGUGUUAUGCCAGUGAUAUUUUGGAGAUUUGCAGAUGAUUCGGUAUUCGAGUUGGCAACAAAGAUGGCAUAUGUUGAGUAACGUACUGUUACCUUAAUGAAACGAAUUCAUUAUUACAAAGUUAAGAAAGUUUGAAAAGAAUACACUUGCUGCACAUCUCCAAAAUUGUACCAAUGAGUACAACAUUAGUAUUAGUAUACCGAGAUCGCAAAAUAACUUAAGCUUACAAUAUUGUUCCAAUAUUUAGUUUGGUAAAAAAAUGCCAUAGAAUAAGAUCAUACAAAAAAUUAAAGAAAAGAAAUGAAGCAUUGUUCAUUGGUACAUAUCACGGUACACAUAACACUAAUAAUACCGUCCAUGAAGAAGACCGCUUUACAUUAGAAGAAGUAUCAUUUAUUAAUAAUUGAUCUAUCUGCGGUUGCGCAUAGCAAUUCAUAAUAUCGAUUAUGAAUAUAUUUUUAUUCGAAAGCAGUAGACUUAUUUGCAUGUUAAAAUAUUCAUUAACUUAUCUUUGUAAAGAGCUGUUCCUCGUUCACGCAAUCCGUCCGAAAGUACAUUUAAGUUCGCCAAUAGGGAACAGCAUUUAACGUGUGUUAAAUAUAUUUUUAAGUUUUAUAACCUUUAUACGAAUAAAUAAUAAAAAAGGAAUAUUUUAAA